UUAGACUUGUCAUCGCUUGGUCUGUCCAUCUACAUUUGGAAUCAAUGUUACGGAUCUACCAGACCUAAAACUUUUCCAUCCCAGGCCAAAUAUGAGUGAAAUCAAACCUACCGAUCCAGCAGACACUAACGCUGGAGAGGAAAAGGACGGGACAGCAUCAAAAGUCUGUUCUGACAGUUUAAAAACAAAGAAACUUAAACCCCCCAAACCCCAGAAUGCCGUGACAAUCGCCGUCUCCUCUCGAACACUUUUCAACAUGGAUGAGGAACGGAAGAUCUAUGAGGAAGAGGGAGUCGAGAAGUACAUGGCCUACAUGAAUCAACAGGAGCACGAGAAUGAGCCACUCAUGCCAGGUGUUGCGUUUCCCCUUGUGAAGGCCUCUUAUUUAACCAUUGAGAGAUUCUGUAUGACUGGAGGGAAAAGCCCCAUUGGAUAUCUGAAGGCCUACAUGACCAACCUGUACCUCUCCAAGGAUGGAGAGAAAGUCACUGAGGCCAUUGAGGAGGGCAUUGCUGCAGCGACCAUGUUUACAUCUGGAGAUGUGGAGAACCAACUGUCCGACACACAGCUGAAAGUAGCUUUUGACGGAGACGCAGUCCUCUUCUCUGACGAGUCGGAGAUCAUCGCGAAACAACGUGGCCUGGAUAAGUUCUUUGAGCACGAGCAGGAGUUUGAGAACAUACCUCUUAAAAAG